AUGGUGAACGUUUACAAUCAAGGUCACGGAUAUUAUACGAAGCACCUCGGUGAAAAUCUCUGCGUAAAUCAUCAUUGUGGAGAUUACCUUUAUCUUUAUAACAAUGCGGCAAAUGCUUAUUCUUUGGAGGAGUUUGACAAUCAUUUUGUAGAAUUCAAGAACAAAUGCCCCGCGGCAACCAUCGUCCUUGAGCAUGAUAUUGGUUUUGAGAAGUGGAGCAGGGCACAUUAUCCUGGCAAUAGAUAUGAUGUGAUGACCACAAAUAUCGUCGAGUCACUCAAUGCUAUGUUGAUAGACGAAAAAGAGUAUCCCGUGGCAUCUAUAUUUAAUUUGAUUACUAAGAGGUUUGGAGAAUUAUUUAGGGAGAGGCAUACAUAUAUCCUCAAAUCAAUGGAUAAUCAAAUGGUGUCAGCUGCGGAAAAAAUCGCAAGAAAAAAAAUGAUAGAGGGCGCUUCCUUGUAUGUGGAGAAUAUAAUCGGGGAUGGCAAUCAAUUUAUUGUGUUCGGUGCGGGUGUUACUGCCUAUGUGGACCUAUUGGAAAAGUCAUGUUCAUGUAGGUAA